AUGAAACGUCCCUGGCGCGAUCGGGUAGGGUGGACGCUCCUGUCUAAGUCUGAUAGUCAGCACGCGCAACAUGACUCGCCUCACGACUCAGCGACAACCAUUGAGCUAGCACAGCUAAAUAAUGAGGAGAAAGGUCCGAUACAGACCGUGAGCACUUUUCGAUCCUUCCGUCUCAACACCAACGCCCGGAAGCCCUCACCAAAGCGCGCCGAGGACCGUGUGGCCGAUAGCUUAGGAGCUGAUGGGUGGAAAUUCGGAGCAUCCGCCGCAGCGAUCACAGCCGGCGUCACAGCCGUAGUGAACAUAGGCUUCGGCAUCUGGAUAUUGGCCGCUGCUGGAUCACAAGAUCCUAAUGGCCGAAUUCUGGCUGAGCUGUUCCACGGAAGUUGUUCAACAACAGCAAGAAUGAACACCUGGUCUCACUUGGCAAUCAAUGUCAUCAGUACUUGUCUGCUAGCAGGAAGCAACUACUGCAUGCAAUGUCUGGUGGCCCCGAGUCGAGCAGACGUCAAUCAGGCACACGCCAAGGGUCGGUGGCUAGACAUCGGCUUGCCCAGUAUCCGAAAUCUGCAUCAUAUCAGCAGGCUUCGUUGUUGCCUCUGGGGCCUGUUGGCUAUCUCUUCACUCCCGCUUCACCUGUUAUUCAAUUCCGCCUUCUUCUCUUCCAUCGGCAACAAUGGGUAUGACGUGGUCUUUGCAAACCCUUCUUAUCUCGAUGGUGCUCCGUUCAAUUACACUACGAGGCAGACUGCAGUCUCUGUUCCGGACCUCCCCGAAUCUGGCCUUAGGCUUCAACAAAAAUACAUGCAAGACCCAGGAGCAUUCACGACGCUUCAGAACCAGGAGUGCAUCAACAAAUACGCUACCGGUCUUCUUACAGAUCGACGUUCUGUUAUCGUCAUAACAAACGACCAACCCUCUUCUCCAGAGAAUGGUUCGGUCUUGAUGAUAAUGAGCAUGGGAGUAUCCUCAACAACUACCGAAAAUUAUCAAUGGUUGUGUCCGAUACCGUACGGCCUAAGCAGCUACGACGGGAAAGAUUACACCAUACCAGGGCUGCCGGCUACAUAUACCUACUCUAACACUGACCCUUGUCCUGAACGUGUAAACAAAGGUCAAAUCGUUGGGCAAGAUUGGCAACCUACCAAUAUUACGGCGGAGUACUGUCUCAGUGAGUCCAUCCAAGAAGAAUGUGGAUUCUACGCCAAUAUUGCCAUCAUCUGGGUAGUGGUGUUUUGCAAUCUCGUCAAGCUGGGUAUCAUGAGCUAUAUGGUCUUUUCGCCGGUCAUUACGCAACCUCUGAUGACCAUUGGCGAUGCCGUUUCAUCUUUCAUCGUCGACCCUGAUUCCACCACCGAAAACCUGGGUCCGACGUCCAUCCACAAGAUCAAGCAACUCGAUAAAAGAGUCAAGCCAAAAACGUGGAGCAAAGUUGCAGCAACAUUACCAGACAGGCUGACCCAGCAUCCUACUAUCGAUGCUCCGUCAAGACCCCCGCAAGCAACCGAGGCAGAUAUCAAACCGGAGCACAAAUGGAACCUACCACCCUCACGCCAAUGGCAGCCUUCUCCAAAGGGCCCACAUCUCGCAGCUUCUGCAAGUAAGACUCGAUGGACUGUCGUCUUUGUCUACUUCGCGCUGUGCGUCAGCACUGUUGCCGUGCUCCUGUAUAUCGCUAUAUGGAGAAUAAACAAUGCUCCAACAUCGUUCGCCGCGCUAUUCCAGCGAGGCUUUGGUAAAGUAUCCUCCGAUAUGGUCAUCAAUGGCUGGGAAAUUGAAUCCAUGUCUCCUGACCGGGGCGUUGUGUCUUCGGUUUUGGUCGCCAACUCACCUCAACUAGCGCUCAGUUUUCUUUACUUUGCGCUCAACACACUACUCACGCUAAUGUCUAGCUCAAUAGAAUGGUCGCGCUUCUCCAUCAAUUGGACGUUGAAGAACCAUCCUCGAUCACUACGAACAACACAACCAGUGGGCGAGCAGCGACGGACUUAUUUCCUGCAGCUCCCAUUCAGAUUCGCCGUACCGCUGAUCUUCAUGAGCGGUUUGCUUCACUGGUUGAUCUCACAAAGCAUAUUCCUGGCAGUCAUCUCGAUAUACGACCAUGUCGGUACGCUGGAGAGGGCAUUUUCGACCGCAUCUUGCGGCUACUCCCCGAUAGGCAUGAUAUUUGUGAUAAUGGUCGGCUCGAUUCUCAUGUUGAGUAUCUUAGCCUUUGGCUCAUUUCGUAUGGAACCUGGAAUGCCAAUCGUCGCCAGCUGCAGUGCAGCAAUCAGCUCCUGUUGUCAUGUCAAUUGGCAGGUGGGCAUGUUUGGCGGGCUGGACGAGGUGAGACUAGGUCAAGAAGCCAGAGAAGAGAUGGUAAAAGCGCCAGUUGUAUGGGGUGAACUCGUUGGCGAUAACGAACGCCUACGGUUUCGACAAGACGAGUGGCAACAGGAGGCUGAUGAGACUCGCUACAGCUUUGUCAGUGCCACAGGAGUUGAUUGGCAAGAGAAGGUCAGGACACCAAAUGUCGACAGAGCUCGCCUUUGA